AUCCUAAAGGAUGCAGCACUGUACUUUUCGUGCACAACACCCAAUCUUACAAUGGUGAUCCCAGCAAUGGAUCAUGUUGACAAUAUGCUCACAUUGUACUUGCGCAACAAAAAAUAUAUGCUCUCAAUCCAUUCUGCAGUUCAGCUCGCCAAGAAUACUCUCAGC